AUGAAGAAACACCUUUUCAAAGGGUCAACCUCUUCUGGAUCAGGAUCAUUCGAGCCCGGGAGCGAGGUGGUCGUUGAUAACUACCAUGUCACUAUUGAGUCGCUCAUUGCUGAAGGUGGAUUUGGAAGUGUGUAUCUCGUGACAGACGGUGCCAAAAAGUAUGCCCUCAAAAAGGUCAUGGUUCAUGACCAAGAAACCCUUGACGCCACAACACGGGAGAUUGAAUUUAUGAAACAACUGCCGUUUCACCACAACAUCGUGACGAUUCAUGCGUCAGACUUGAAGCCUGCUGGCAAGCACGCCGAGGUCGUGAUUCUCAUGGAGCACUGCCCCGGUGGCCAUGUGGUGGAUAUCAUGAACCGUCGCCUCACUCGACCAUUUACCGAGCGCGAGGUGCUCAAGAUUUUCUCAGACAUCUGCUUGGCCGUGACGGCCUUGCAUCAACAACGACCUCCGAUCAUUCAUCGGGAUUUGAAGCUCGAAAAUGUACUAUUAAGCGAGGAUAAAGGCAGUUUCAAGCUGUGCGACUUUGGAUCCGCCACCGUGAAGGUGCUUCAUCCUGGAGCGCAGGAUCCUAUCCCUGUUUGCGAAGAGGAAAUUCAGAAAUACACGACCCCAAAUUAUCGAGCACCCGAAAUGGUUGAUCUCUAUCAGAGCCACGCCAUCAAUGAGAAGGCUGAUAUUUGGGCGCUCGGUUGCGUCCUUUACAAGUUAUGCUUCUUUACGGACGCUUUUGGUGACUCCUCCCUUUCCAUCGUCAGCGGCAAGUACAAAAUUCCAGACCAUCACGACUUUAGCCCUGCCGUCAUUGAUCUCCUCGCCGCUACCUUUGAACUGGAUCCCACAAAGCGAAUCGGGGCAGAAGCAUUGUGCAAGGUGACCAAACUUGGGCAUGCCAGCGACUCCAAAGUUCUUGCCUCUUUGCUAUUGCUUAAGCGCGGUGUAUCUCACCGUGUUUUCGCCCUGCGCCAAAUGCCAUGUCCUUUGCUGCCUUCGAGCAUCACGACUUUGUCAACGCCCGCCGCAGCCGCGCCGCCACUGACAGCCGCCACUGCGAGUGUCCUGCUUGGUGCUGGUCACAAGAAAACCCACCAAAGGUCGCCCAGUAACCCAUUUGAUAUCCCGCCCAAUCCCUCCAAUCCGUUUGCACGCGCAUCUACGCCCAACGUCAAGCUAAAAAGCCCUUUUGCCUCGAAUCAAGAUUUGUCUGCUGACUGGGCCUUUGGAGGAGAUAGCGCAGCGUCGUCUUUGACAACUUCUACGGCCUCUGCCACGCCAUCAAACCCCGCCAAAGACUCUGGCAGGCACACAACCUGGGAGAAUAACCCAUUUGCAUGA